AUGAUGCUAAGAAGUAGAUCUACAAAUUGCACAGUUAACGCAGCCAUUGCAUUAUCAGGCAAGAGGUUGCUAAGUUUAACAACAAUUUCUUUGAAACAUAAAAAUUUUAAACCAGCUGAUAAAUUGACUAUCAAUGAUUUAAAUGAAAAUGUUUUGAAAGCCAAAUAUGCUGUUAGAGGUAAAAUCCCAGCUAGAGCUGAAGUAUUGAAGCAACAAUUAAUUGAUAAUCCUUCUAGUUUACCAUUUAAAAAAGUUAUCAAUGCUAACAUUGGUAAUCCCCAGCAGUUAAAUCAAAAACCUUUGACUUUUUAUAGACAAGUGCUAUCAUUGUUGCAAUACCCAAUGGUUUUAGACGAAACUUUCUCAGGCAAUACCAAAACAUUGUACAAGCAGGAUGCAAUUGAAAGAGCUAAGCGUAUAUUAAAUGACAUUGGCAGUUCUGUUGGUUCUUACUCUAGCUCCCAAGGUGUUUUUGGUCUAAGAAAAACUGUUGCUGAAUACAUAUCAAGAAGAGAUGGUGGUGAAAAGGCAUACGCAGAAGAUAUCUUUUUAACUGCUGGUGCUUCAUCGGCUGUUUCAUAUUUGUUAAACAUUUUAUGUAAGGGUAAAGAAUCAGGUGUACUCAUUCCAAUUCCACAAUAUCCUUUAUAUACAGCUACUUUGGCAUUGAAUAAUACCAAUGCAUUGCCUUACUAUUUGGAAGAAAAUUCAGGAUGGUCAACUAAUAUGGAAGAAAUUGAAAACGUUGUUCACAAUGCCAUUCGUGAAAAAAUUAUUCCAAGAGUUUUAGUUGUUAUUAAUCCAGGUAAUCCAACUGGUGCUAUUCUAUCGGUGGAAUCGAUUGAAAAGAUUUUUGAUGUUGCAGCUCAUCACGGUAUAGUGGUUAUUGCAGAUGAAGUUUAUCAAGAAAAUAUAUUCCCAGGGAAUGAAUUUCAUUCGAUGAAAAAGGUCUUAAGAGAUCUUCAAAGAAGAGUGCCAGGUAAAUAUGAAAAUGUCCAGUUAGCUUCUUUGCAUUCGACCUCUAAAGGUGUUUCUGGUGAAUGUGGUCAAAGAGGUGGUUACAUGGAAUUGACUGGAUUUUCUACUGAAAUUAAACAUGAAAUUUUAAAAUUAUGUUCAAUUUCAUUAUGCCCAGUUGUUACUGGUCAAGCCCUUGUUGAUUUGAUGACUUGUCCUCCUAAGAAAGGUGAAGCCUCUUAUGAACAAGAUCAAAUGGAAAGAUCUACAAUUCACAGUGAGUUAUAUGAAAGAGCGACUUAUUUAUGGAAGGCAUUUAAUGAGAUGGAAGGUGUAUCAUGCCAAAAGCCACAGGGUUCAAUGUAUUUAUUCCCAAAAAUUGAUAUUCCACAUAAAGCUUUGGAAAAGGCACAAGAACUUGACAUCACACCAGAUGAAUUAUACUGUGCUGAAUUAUUAGAAGCAACUGGUAUUUGUACAGUUCCAGGAUCUGGUUUUGGUCAAAAACCUGGUACUUUCCAUUUAAGAACCACUUUCUUGGCGCCAGGAACUAGUUGGAUCGAUCAAUGGAGAGAGUUCCACCAAAUAUUUUGUAAUAAGUACCGUGAUUGA